AUGAUGACGCUUGUCACUAUCCUCGCUGGCGCGAUACUGCCGCUUUUUGCGUAUGGAAUCUACCUCGUCUUCAUACAGCCUCGAUCCAACCCGCUGAGGAAUCUUCCUGGCCCGCCAACACAUGGCUUAUUCCACAACCACCUUGGUCUGGUCAUGGACCCAUCUCGGUCGCCAAAGGUUCAUGAAGCGUUCAUUAAGCAAUUUGGGAGGACGGUGGUGAUUCAUACUGCCGUUCCUUGGGAUCAGCGUCUUUUUACACUGGACGCGAUUGCUAUUACCCACGUCAUGAAGCACUCCACCGUAUAUGAGAAACCAUGGCAGUCUCGGCAGCUCAUCACAUCCCUCAUUGGUUGCGGCAUGCUCGCGGCAGAAGGGCUAGUGCAUAAGCGUCAACGGCGCGUCGCUACGCCUGCGUUCUCCAUCCAGAAUCUGCGGGAAUUGAUACCUUUGGUGUUCGCCAAGGGGUGGUCGCUGAAGAAUAGGUGGCUCGAAAUUAUUGCGGACGGGAAGAUGGGGUGCACCAAGUUGGAUGUGUGCCAUUGGGUCAGUCGAGCUACUUUUGAUGUCAUUGGGUCCGCAGGAUUUGAUUAUGAAUUCAACGCGAUUCAAGACGAAACCAACGAGCUAUUCAAUGCAUACAAGGAGAUGUUUGAAGUUGCCAUAUCACAACACAGCACAGACACGUCGGCAGUCAUUGCCAUGUACUUGCCGAUUAUUGAUAUAUUGUAUCCUAGUGAAAGGGUCCGCACUGUACGCAGGUGCCAGGGUGUUAUUCGACGGGUCGCAGGCCAGCUUAUCCAGGAGAAGAAGCGCAAAAUCACGGAGGCCGAGGAGAACGGUACUACUUACCACGGCAAGGAUCUGCUCAGUCUGCUUUUGAAAUCCAACGUCGCGGUCGACCUUGCUCCCGAGCAACGAAUUUCCGACGAAGAUAUCUUGCACAACAUCAAUACUUUCAUGUUCGCAGGCUCUGACACGAGCUCGCUCGCCAUCACAUGGACGCUCUUUCUCCUAGCCAAGUACCCUUUCAUACAGACACGUCUUCGCGAGGAACUGCUCGCUGUCAUGCCCGCGGCUCCGAUCGAGACCCUCACCCCCGAGGAGGUAGACUCCCUCCACACCAGGAUUGCCGAGCUGCCGUACCUCGACAACGUCUUGCGCGAGUCGCUCCGCCUCAUUCCUCCUGUGCACUCCUCGAUCAGAGUCGCGACACGGGACGAUGACGUGCCGACAUCGACGCCGGUCAGGACCCGCUUGCCAGACGGGAGCUUUACGGAGCUGCACAGUGUGCGCGUGCCCAAAGGAAGCUUUGUGCACAUCCCGAUUGAAGGCUUCAACCUGGAUCGGGAGGUUUGGGGUGCGGAUGGGUGGGCGUUCAAUCCAGAUAGAUGGGAUAAUCUACCGGAAGCUGUGGCUUCACAGCCUGGACUGUACUCCAACACCCUGACGUUUUCUGCUGGCCCUCGUUCAUGUAUCGGCCUGCGCUUCUCCAUGAUCGAGAUGAAAACCUUCCUCUACAUCCUGCUUACUCACUUUGCGUUUGCCGAGUCGGAUGAGAAAGUCGGUAAGGCCAAUGUCGUCUUGACGCGGCCGUAUGUUAUGGGGAAGCACAGAGAGGGCAGCCAGUGUCCUCUCUUGGUGACACCCUAUGUCCGGGAAUAA